AUGCAAGGAUCUCUAAGUGUAGAUUCCGCAUCAGCUGGUCACACUUUAGACAGCCCAAGCAUCGACAGCUUGCAACCGAGUCCUAAGCUCUGCGGGAUCCUUGAUGUCUUUCGGGAUUGGCUGUCAAGCCGCUCUGACGCUACAAUGUCUCGAGAAAGCCACGAAAUGGACGCAGAAGUGGACCCGGUAGUAGAUGGUGCCAUUAUACUCCAGAUAGCAAAUGAGGUUUUGGACGACUUGAUCGAAAAUCCUCAAAAAUUACAGGCUUUGAAAGCACGGGAUAACUCAUUCGCUACCGUUGGACACGACCGACAUGAAUUUAUACGGGUACAAAAUCACAAGGCUUUCGAUCUCAUACCAGCCAUUUUUGAGUUGAGAGCAUCCUCUCUUCACCACUCAGCAGAUGUGCAAAAAACAAGUCAAGCAAUGCUGGUAGACCCAGCUCUUCCGAGAAUCCCGGAGGAGUUCUUUGAGAUAAUCAAGAGAAUCGACAAGCUUUGUGCAAUCAUUUUCCCUAAAGGAGGUCAAGAGCCUGCUUAUGGGUCUGAAGAAGCUCAUGAAGAUCUUGUUGGGCCAAGAAUUGAAGACUUCCGAAUCCAAUUCCGUUGUGCUUUUCAUGCCCGCUUCUCCAAGGAGAACCAGUUCUGGAAUGUGAAGGAAACAACACCCGAAUUGAUGGAUUUGUCUGCUCAGCUCCCUUUGAUCCAGGAGCGACUUGCACACAUUUCGCAGUUGAGUUUGUGUAACUAA